ACACAGAUCUGUGAAUCAGACUGUCCAGGAGGAAAAGACAAGCACGGAAUUAUUAACCAGUGCACUGCAACUGGAUUUCACAUGUGAAACUUCAAACAAAGCGUUGCGGUUUCGGCCAGGCUAAUGUUUGAUUGAGAAAAUACGCAAUGCCACGGACAACCAGAACUUCACCAUCGGUCGGCGUUAAUGAAAAGUAAGAAAAGGUUUUUUUGAAGAACAUCACACAGAAAAGAUUGUUUUUGGAAUGACCAGUUACCAGAACACAGAGAAAUUGCAUUACCUUUCUUAUAUUUUAGAUGAAAAAAGCACAAAGUGACAUCUUCGUUGUGACUUGUGAAGUUACGUAAAAAGCUGAUUUCAUUUUUUUAAAAAUGCAAUCAAUCAAGAAAGAACCACCUUCUGAUACCUCCUGCAGUGGGGAGGGCAUCCUGGUCCUAGCGGGGGCUUUACAGGGACCCGACGUGGAGGCGAUUAACCGAAAACUGUCUAACGCAGCCUUCGGCGGCAAAAAUUCCUCCAGUCGCCGGAAAAGGGAAUUCAUUCCGGAUGAUAGUAAGGAUGAGCAGUACUGGGAGAGGAGACGGAAGAACAACGAGGCGGCCAAGCGAUCGAGGGAGAAGAGGCGCAUCAACGACAUGGUCCUGGAGAACAAGAUGGUCGCCCUGGGGGAGGAGAACGCCAGCCUCAAGGCCGAGCUGCUCUCCCUGAAGCUGAGGUUCGGAUUGGUCGGCUCCGCGGCCUACGCCCAGGAGGCGCGGACCGUCUCCGUCGUUUCCAUGGCCCUUCGCCAGGACCUCGCUCCGGCGGGCGGCGAGCAGGUCUCGCUCUUCGGGGACGCGGAUCCUGCUCGCGCGGGGGGGAGCUGCAUUUCCGUUAUCAGGCACUCGCCGCUGGGCGCCCGCUCCCCUGCGUCUGAGGCGGCGGCGGCGGUGGCGGUCCGGGGCGGCGCCCGCGGACCCGCGGAAGCCGUCAAACAGGAGCUGACGGAGACGGUUCGCUACCCAAGGGAGCCGAGGGAAGGAGGCAGUCCGUAUGAACUCUACCCAAACUGCAUGGCCACCCCUUUCUCAAGCGGCUCGUCUGAGCCCUCUCCCCUUUUGCCGUUAGCGAGGUCAUCCAGCAGCUCCCCUGGAGUCGCGGACGGGGACGAAGGGGCCGCGGGCAAGUCCUCAGACAGGGAAGACGAGCAGCGGGUGCCGAAGGGCCCCCUUUCCUUUCCAGCGGACCCCAAGAGCGUCAUCACUUCCUGUGCCAAGGUGCCGGACGUCAGCUCCUCCGCCCUGCCUCACAAACUCAGGAUCAAAGCCAAGCCCGUCCGGGUCAAAAUGGAGGCCGUCGACCUCGACUACGAUGCCCAGGGGAAGCCGCUGGGAAACGUGACCGGGAAAGGUUCCCGCCAAGUGGCACAGCGCUCGGAGUCCGAAUUAACUCAGUCCCCCCUUAGCCCGCUGUCCCUUCAGGUGGCCGAUCUUCAGGACUGGACCCACGGACCCGAGCACUGGCACGCAGGCCGCCUGGAAACGUUAGCGGGUGGCUAUAAGAACGGCCCCAGCCCAACGGGCCACCUGACAGACAGACGUGUCGUUGACCUGAAAGAAGGCUCUCCCACCGACACGGAGUCUGAGAAUGCGUAUCUGAAACGAGGUAUUUCCCAGCUUUCGCGGGAAGUCGCAUCUCUGAAGAGACAUAUUACGAAUCGGCAAGUGUCUGUGGUGGAAUCGGGCCAAAGCGCUUCUGAACAUGCCUUGCUGUCGAAAGGCUGCUACGCGGAAUGAGCUGGCUGCGUUUGUACAAGGCCUGGUUUUCACUGCGGCUCUGUUUGUCUUUGCACUGUGUGGUUUAUGUGUUGUCAAAAUUACUUUGUUUAAAUUGACUGUGUUAUGCGCACAUGCUGUUGUAGUUGUCACGGUUUGAUACCUCUCGUUCACUGCCCAGCAGCCAAAUGUCAGUGGAGUUGUUAGUGAAAUGUUAACAUUCUCUCAUUUUUGUCAAAAUGCUGCAGAAUGCUGUUUGAAAUAAAUGUAUUCGGACGAAC